AUGCCUGCACGCCGUAAGAAGUCCUCAAACACCAUUAAACCCACUGUCAAAAGCCGCGCCGAAGACGAGAAUCAUCGCGAUAGUCUUAUGCGGGAUUCUUCUAUGGCAAUUACCUCUUCUUUGGACGGCUCCCACGUCGCAACAAGAACUCCUAUCAAUGCACGACCCCAUUCAAAUCGUUUAGGAGGCCAAGCGGAUGAGGACGAUGUAGAGUUGAAUCUUUUGGGCGAGGAGGAAAGGCAAUGGGCUCGUGAAGGAUCGGAACCAGACCUGAGCGAAGACGUCUCGAAAAGACCUAUAUCUACAAAGGACAAGAAGGCUAUGGUAUUAUUAUGUGUUCUAUAUCUCAUUCAAGGAGUGCCACUAGGUUUGGCGCUGGGGUCGGUACCCUUCCUCCUAAAAGACCAUCUAUCAUAUUCACAGCUUGCGACGUUCGCACUCUCUGGGUAUCCCUACUCCCUCAAGCUGUUAUGGUCGCCCAUUGUCGACUCGGUCUUUCUGCCUUCCAUUGGACGACGGAAAUCCUGGAUCAUACCGAUGCAGUUGAUAGUCGGAACUCUCAUGCUGUACAUCGCAGUCAAUGUUCCCAGACUGAUGGAAGAUCCUUCGAAUCAUGUAUACGAACUCACGUCUGUUUUUACGUCUCUCGUGUUCAUAUCUGCCACCCAAGAUAUCGCGGUCGAUGGAUGGGCGCUUACCCUACUAUCUCACGAGAAUCUCUCAUACGCUUCGACAUGCCAGACAUUAGGACUGAACACAGGAUAUUUCGCUUCUUUCACUGUUUUCCUGGCCUUGAACAGCGUUGAAUUCUGUGAAAAAUGGGGCAUACCACACCUAACACUGAGUGCCUAUCUUAAAUUCUGUAGCAUCAUUUGUUUCGUUGUCACCUUCUGGCUCAUAUUCUUCAAGAAAGAAGAUAAGGAGCCUGUCACAGAAACCGAUAUGAGCAUAAAAGCUGUAUACAAGACAAUAUGGUCUAUCUGCAAACUGAAGCAUAUUCAAUCACUCAUCAUAAUGCAUUGCUUCGCCAAGCUCGGUUUUGCUGCCAAUGAGGCUGCAACUUCGUUGAAAAUGGUGGAAAAAGGUUUUAAGCGGGAGGACCUCGCGCUGGCAGUUUUGAUCGAUUUCCCCUUCCAACUCUUCGGCGGUUAUCUCGCAGCAAGGUGGUCUCGAGGGGAUCGACCUCUUCAGCCAUGGGUCAUUGCCUUUUGGCCUCGACUCGGGUUCUGUUUACUUGGGACGCUGAUUGUUUACUGGUUUCCGACGCCUCCGAUCAGCACGAGCUUCUUCGUGUUCCUAAUCUCUUACACUGUGUUCUCGUCAUUCUCUUCGACCGUCCAGUUUGUUGGAAUUUCUGCUUUUCACACACGAGUUUCGGAUCCUGUAAUUGGAGGAACGUACAUGACACUCUUGAACACAUUUUCCAAUUUGGGAGGAACGUGGCCGAAAUGGUUUAUUCUGAACGGUGUCGAUGUAUUCAGCGUUGCGACAUGUCACCUAACACAGUCGAGUUUAGAUAUUGCUCUAGAAGCGACGGAAUGUGUUUCCGACCACGGGAAAGCUGUGUGCCAGGGACUGGGAGGUACAUGUGUAACCGAGACGGAUGGGUAUUAUAUGGUGUCAGGCUUUUGUUUGGUGUUUGGUGUGGCAUUUUUGAUGAUGUACAUCAUUCCGACUGCAAGGAAAUUGCAAGAACUUCCGACGUCUGUUUGGAGGGUAAAGAUGGUCUAA